AUGAGCGAACCCACCACUCUUUUGAUGACCCUUCGAGACCUUCUCGAUAGCCGCAUCGUCCUAUUUGCUGUCGCGAGCGCCGUUUAUUGGGUAGGCCUGUCGUAUUCUCGAGGGGAGACUCGGAGACUCGUGCACAUUCCGACAGUAGGCCCCAGCGCACCUCUUUUAUCUUACUUCGGGGCAUACAGGUUAGUUGCCGACGCACGGAGCGUCAUUUAUACUGGUAUUUCCAAGUACCCUAACAGCAUUUUCAAAGUCCCGCAUGUGCUUCGUUGGCUGGUAGUCAUUACGGACCCCAAGGUUAUCGAUGAAGUCCGUAAACUCCCAGACAGCAUCUUAUCGUCAUUCGAGGCUGCCACUGAGUCAAUUCAAACAGAAUUUACGCUCGGAAAGCCCAUCAGAGACAAUCCGUACCAUCUAUCGAUUGUUCGAGUACAACUGACGCGUGCCAUUCCUCAAUUGGUCCCUGCCUUAUAUGACGAGAUUGUGGCGUCGUUCAAUGAUCUGAUUCCGGCAACCGACAACUGGAUGAGCGUAAAGAUUCUUGAUACCAUGAUGAAGGUAGUUGCUCGAGCGAGUAAUCGUGUUUUCGUAGGACUACCGCUAUGCAGAGAUCCCGAAUACACUGCUCUCAAUGUCCAAUUUACCCUCGAUGUCGUCAAAACCAGCUCUAUCCUCUGCUUGUUUCCGCGGCCUUUCCGCCCUUUUGUAAACUCCUUGAUAUCUGAUAUCCCGAAACGGGUCGCCGUUGCUUUGAAACAUCUGGCACCUGUAUUUGCUGCUCGUCGAAAGGAACGUGAGGAAAAGGGCGACGACUAUCCUGCCAAACCAGUUGACCUCAUAACAUGGAUCAUGGAUUUGGCCAAAGAUAAAGAGGAAGAAAGCGACUGGGACCUUACCUUGCGUGUCUUGACUAUCAACUUUGCUGCGAUUCACACGUCUUCCAUGACCUUCACGCAUGCAUUCUUCUACUUGGCUGCAUAUCCUGAGUACCUCAAGCCACUACGUGAGGAGGUCGAAAACGCCGUGAGGAAAUAUGGAUGGACGAAGGAAGGCCUUGACCAGAUGCAACAUAUCGAUAGUUUCAUCAAGGAGUCGCAGAGGCUUAAUCCCUUGUCAAUCGUCUUGGUGCCCCGUGUGGUGCUCAAAGAUCACGUCUUUUCGGAUGGCACAAUGGUGCCGAAGGGCACGACUAUCGGCGUCGCAACUGCUCGGGCCCACCUGAACGGCGACCGGUACGAGGACCCUCUCCAGUUCGACGGCUUCCGCUACGUCAAAUUGAAGGAGCAGUGCGCCGGCGAAUCGGAGAAGAGGUUUGACAUGGUGUCCUCCAACAUCGAUGCGCUAGCAUUCGGGUUAGGAAGGCACGCCUGCCCCGGACGAUUCUUCGCCACGAGCGAGCUCAAGACGAUGUUUGCACAUGCGGUGGUCACUUAUGAUGUCAAGCUGGAGGACAUGGGUGUUCGGCCUGCGGACAGAUGGAUCGCGACCAGCUGCUUGCCCAAUCUAACCGCUCAGGUUCUCUUCAGGAAGCGCGCCGAUAUCUAG